GCUCUAACGUGACUAGAAAUUUUCGCCCGCCAUUAAUCCCACAGCCUACGAGAUGGAUGGCUCUUCCCAAAGUGGCUGCACAUGUAUGUGUAUUCGCAUCAAUUUUAUCGGAUUGUGUUCCACAUUCAAAUCCUUCGGUUUCUUGUGCCGUUCAUCUCACCAUUAUCUGACUUGAUAUCGCGUCAACGGUCCAAGCACGCAAACCAUGAUGAUUUCGUGGUGCAUAAGUAGCCGCAUAAUCCGGUUCAGUUGCCGGAUCGCGUUGGGACUCAAGUGGAUUUGGGUUGAACCGGACCGGUGAGUGAGAAAGCCGACUCAAAUUGGGACGGUGCAUUCCCACACUCUUGUCGACGGUUGCAGCACGUCUCCGCAGGCUCUGCAGCUCUUCUUCCUCCCCCCUCCGCUUCCCCUUAUGUGGAUCCUAAAACCCUAAUGAGACUUAAAGAAUCCCUCUGCGUCUUCUCUUUGCUGCUCAUGUUGGUGGGAAAGAAGGCGGCCUGGGUCUCGGCCGUGGCCCCAACAAUGGCGGACUGUGAGCCGAGGAGCUGCGGGAAUGGGGUGAACGUGAGCUACCCGUUCUGGCUCAGAGGGCAGCAACCAUCCUACUGCGGCUUCCCUCCUUUCAUGAUCAUCUGCGGCAACGGCAGCUACAGCCCCGUUCUUGAGAUCCUCGGCCAUAAGUUUUACGCCCUAAACAUCUUCUACCACAACCAGUCGGUCCUCCUCACCGCCGUCGAGUUCUUUGAUGAUUCGUGCCCCUUGCCCUAUGAAAAUUUUGGUUUCGACUCUAGCAUCUAUCCUUUUAGCAUCAGCUCCCUUAACAGGAACGUCUACUUCCUCCUCAAUUGCUCGAAUGAACUCUGGGGAUAUGAAAGCAUAGCUUGUGCUCGACAUUUGGCCUACUUCGGCGGCGAGUACAACAUGUCGACCCGACUAGACUUGGCUAGCCUUGGUUGUGUGCUUGAUAUCGUGCCGGUAGUGGAGUAUUUCAAUGCGAGCAACGGUGACGUUGCUGCGCUUCUGAGGAGAGGGUGGUUGUUGGAUUGGGCUUCACCGGAUUGUACUGAGUGCACGGCCGGCGGCGGCAGAUGCGGCUUCAAUGAUACCAUGGGGAGGUUCAUGUGCAUCUGCCCUGAUGGAGUUCGUUCCAGUAGCUGCAGUAAGUACUAGGAAUUAAGAGAAACAUAACUUCGUUGAUUUUUUUUAUGGUUCUUAAUAAUUAAGAGUGUUGUGAAUGGGAGAUCUUGAAGCAUGAGACGCUACCUUUUCACCAGAAUUUAGCAGAUAAGAAUUUGGGUUUCAUAGCUUGGGGUCGGCUCAUGUAGCUCCAGGAUUAGUAUUAGGAAACAUGGUUUUCCUGAGAGUUCUCAGGUUUCAGCAUCUAUUAUGCUCCAAGAUUCUGCCUAUUGUCUUUGGCUGAUUGCCGAUUACCUUUUGGAUGCGAGUCGGUCAAUUUAUAGGUAUCAUGUUAUUUCUUCAUCAGUACUGGAGUCCUUAUUUGAUUAACCUCUAACCUUUAAGUCGUAUAUUUUGCAUUCGUGUGAUUCAGCCAAAGAGUAGCAUUUAGAGAGUACAAUCUGAUAAUUUUAUCUUCCCUCGUCUGUUUUUUUGGAUUGAACAGAGCACAGCAUG